GCGCGUGAACGCGGCGCGCGCGCCCUACCUGCGGCUCAGGUAAGCUCAGAGGAAGAGUCGGAAACAAGCCGCCUCAAACCGCGUCCGACAACCAGGAGAAGUGUCUGACCGGUGAGUGUGUGGAGUGUGUGAGCGCGGCUUUAUGGAGUUUUUAUGAUCAUAAAGACGGAAAUAAAGUGUGUUUAAGAAAGAAAAAUAAAUCGCCUCAAUCACAAAAACACACUUCCGCCAUCGGAAUCGCCGCGAGCGUGAAGUCAGAACAACGCCAGAGUUCCUGUCGAGUCUAUGAGGUCCUGAUUGAAGUGUGCAAUGCCUGAACACAGCACCAGGACCAAACACAAGUCCCGCCCACACUCACAUGGGUCGGGACGCUGCAGGUCUGAGUGUUACAGGCCAAGUCGAUCCGCUUCUAGAGACAGCUCAAGUAACCAGGACUCAUACCGACCUCAUCACACCACCAAACAGGAGUCGUAUCGGAACCAACGCAACACCAGUCAGGGCUUGUACCAGGAUCACUGCCCCGAUUUCCCUCGGAUAAUCGAGCCGCACCUGCCCCAUAGUCCUCCACACUAUGCUAAAGCCACCAUGAGCUCGUACCGAGAGAAUCACACCACCAAUCACGAUUCAUACCGAGAAAAUCACAUAACGACUCCGGAUUCGUUCCGGAAUCACUACAUGGCCAGUCAGCACUUUUUCCGUGAUAAUCAGGAACCUCAUCACAACCACGCCUCCAGUCCAGAUCGCAAAAUGUCCCAGGAUUCAUGCCGAAAUCAUUAUUCCGGCAGUCAGCACUUCCCCUAUCCUCCACGUGCCAUAGUUAUCGACACCCAGCCAUCCCACAGUGCGUCUCGGAGCUGCGCUAAUGGACUGAUCCCGAGCGCUCCUUGUGGCUCGUGUUCCUGGUCAAACUGCCGAGCCCUGAUUUGCUGCAUCCUCACCUGCGGCUUUUACGGCCGCCAGCAGCCCUGCGUUCCCCCUAAUGAGAGUUCCACAGAUCCACCGGCCAAAUCUGAGUCUGAACCGCGCCGGGCCGAGCCCAAAUCCGAGCCCAAGACCACUCACCUGCCCAGUUCUGGAAGUUUCCGUUACGGAGACGUCUACCUAGCGGGAAAGAAGGUUGUUUACUCGCCAAAUUCCGAUGCUCCAGCUCGGCGCAGCAGGUCCACAGCAAAGGGAGAGAGUCAGCGACCCAUUAGCAACACUAGCAUAUACUCCAGAGAGGAUCUGGACGUGGAUGACGUGGAUGACGGAGGGACCGAUAUCGACUCGCUAAUCACCAAGAAGCUUCUGGAGCUUUAUAAACUGCACCAGAUAGAGCAGCUAGCCAAAUGCACCUCAGACCUGUCCUUCUCACGAAAGACGAACGAGAUUAGUGACCUGAUCAACAGCAUCGCACAGGACUACAACCUGGAGGAGCAGGAGGCCGAGUGCCGGCUCGUACACGGCGUCAUACGCAUCAGCACACGCAAGUGCAAGUCUCAGGCUUCUAAAGGCUAUAAAAGCAAAGACUACAAAUCCCAGGAUGCACUGCUGCAGCCAAACGGGAGGAGGGAUGGUACGCUGCCGGACAGCGGCAACGAAACCAUGACCUUUACCUUCAGCACUGAUGAACCAGAGAUGCUGGUGUCUGAUCUGACGCCGUCUGAUGAACUGGCCAGAAAGAUGCGAGGACACAGCAGCCGAAGUGCGUAUUCCUCCGGAAUGGCCACGGACUGCUCCGCAGAACCCCUGCUGUGCUGACGGCGCCGACGUGUGACAGAGACUCGGACGGGUUACAGGCACCGCCACGCUCGAUCAGAAUACUGACAUCUGGAUUAACAACUAAGUGAAUUACAGACCAAUUAGAGCGGUCACUGCAAUAUUAAACACCACACAGAGGUAUUACAGAGACACAUAUCUGGAUUAAACUCUCAGCCAUAAACACACACUUUAUAGAUGGCAGGUCUGGAUUAGAGACGCACAUCUGCAUUAUAAAUCACAUGGCCAGGUUAAACACAGCCGCAAGCAGAUUAAAGAGGACUGGAGGGAUUUACAGAGUGCAGAUUAGUGACUGCACAUCUGGAUUCUCAUCUUUAGUCUUGUCCAAGUCAUAGAUCAGAUCUCUGGAUUAGAGAUUAUAGACUGCACAGCUGGAUUAAAGAGGUUUUGAUGUGUGUGCUGGAAUAAACACUGAUUAGAGGCCACUCUGCUCCGGGUGGAUUACUGACGCUGAUCUGGCCGGAUUUUUCCUUCUCCCACUUCGCGGCUCUUCAUUGUGUUUUAUCAGACGAAGGAUGUGUGUGGGUGUGCUGGGAUUAAACUCACUCCAUACCUGUGAUUAUCCUGUAAAAAAGUGUCCUGUGGUUGAGUCACAGAGCCGGAACCUGAGGAACCUGUGCUGCUGCUGCUCAGAGACCACGAGCUAAAUUUUUAAGCUAUUUUUUUUUGUUUCUGUGUCUCAGUGUCCUUUCUCACUCCGAGUUCUACUGCAGCAUGUUCUUCCUCCUCAUGAACCUCGUCGCUCAGGCUCUGUGACCUCCUGCCACGCCAUGCUGCUUGCUCACUCUUAAAGCAUGCUGUGGUUUUGUUUACUUUUUUGUAUUGUGUUUUUUUUUUUUUUUAAAUAAAAAGGCAUGUCCUGUAUUUUUCCUGCAUCUUGUUUACAUGUGUGGUACAGAAACCAUCACAGACUGUGUUACAUGGAUAAGAAAGGGGCCAAGUUUUAUUUUCUAAAAUCUGCACUUUUAUGGACAAUCUUCUUUUCUCUCUGCUUAACUUCUCUGAAAAUUACAGCCUCCCCCUGUUUUUGUGUGUGUGUGUGUGUGUGUGUGUGUGUGUGUGUGUGUGUGUGUGUGUGUGUGUGUGUGUGUGUGUGUGUGUGUGUGGUAAACUGUGAACUCGUUUGUCUGGUUUAACAGAGCAGGAAACAAAUAAAAGGAAUUAAAGGAAAUGAAAUCCAAGUGUUUGUUGGAGGAGGUGCUGAAAAACUCAGUAAGGCUUUUCGUCAGUUUACAUUCUCAUUUAACCGACUUUUUUUCCUGGAAUUUUCUAAUAAAGUGGAAAAAGUUGGAAUAUUAUAUAUCUGGUGUGUGUGUGUGUGGUUUUGUUGUGGUUUGUGUGCAGCUUUUGUCAGGAAUUUCGCAAUCAGUAUUUUGUUAUGUGUAAGACUGUUACUGCUUUGGGGGCAGAGCUUCUCAGUAAGAGGGUGUGGCUUUAUAAUUAUAGAUUCUAUGACCUCAAUGUGCAAAUUAUAGCUGUUAAAUAAAGGAUAAA